AUGGCCUCGCCAGCCAAUUCCGAGCAGCUAUUGAGAACUUCGUCAGAAUCAGACUUUCGUGAAGAAAUGGAUAUGGAUGAUCAUGGAGAAACUGGCGUGAGUUUUUUCGGCAAAUUUGAAAAGUUUAGCAGGAAGCUAAUAACUCAAAUGGCCUCCAUAGCGGUAACAUGCGAUCGUGAACUAGCGAGAACUAUGCGAACGGACGACCCAAUAAGGGAUUCAGUAAUAGCAUCAGUGAGUGAGCAAAGCGCUUUAGUAAAAGAGUUAGCGCGGACAGCGUUGAAGGAGAUAGGCCGAGAGCUGGCCAUCUUCGAGGAUAUGAGAUCCAUUUGCGUGGAGGCAGCACAAAAGUUAGCUUGUCUGGUAGAUCAGAUCAGAGGUAAACUCGAAGAGACUCUGGCCGACAUGGACAACCUAAAAGAAUCACUCAGAAUUUAA